UUCACUUCCGGCCAAAACAGGGUUACUUCCGGUGUGAGAUCAUUUCGCAGCCGUUGCACGUGUUUCUAUGACAUGUUUUAUCUGUGAGUUCUGAAGAAAUCAGGACGAGCAUGUUGACCCUGAUCGUGCACGUCAGGUCCCUGAGGUACAUGUUGCCCGCUGCGAUGAUGAUGAUGCCUGCCACGCCGUAUUUCCUGACGUCGGCGGCGCUGAAGGUCCUAUCGGCGGCCCUCCCCCUGCGAUGGUACCGAUCAGCUGACGACUUCAUGUACACCAUCUACCAGAGCAUGGUGCUCUUCUUUUUCGAGCAUUGCACAGGAGUGGAGGUUGUUUUGUAUGGGGAUGACCCUUCCAAGAUGCCACCUGAGAACAUUAUCUACCUGUCCAACCACCAGUGCACAGUGGACUGGGCAGUGGCAGACAUGUUGGCCAUCAGGCAAGGCAUGUUGGGGCACGUCCGCUAUGUCUUGAAGGAUGGUUUGCGCUAUCUUCCGCUGUACGGCUGGUACUUCAGACAGCACGGCUGUGUGUAUGUGAAGAGAGGAGGGAACAAUGAGAGGGGACGUGCCAACCAGAUAAGGGACCUGAACAAUACUUCUGUACCAAAUUACAUGGUGAUAUUUCCUGAGGGAACUCGCUACAAUCCGGAAAAGAAAAAUGCCAUACUCAAGAGCCAAGGGUUUGCUCAUGCACAUGGGUUGGAAGUUCUUGAACACGUCUUGACACCGCGGGUGAAAGCAACAGAGCUGUGUUUACGAGCAAUGGGGGACAAUGUCACCGCUGUAUAUGACGUCACUGUGGCGUACAGCACACCAGACACCCAGGGACGACCUCGUGCACCAGACAUGCCAGACUACCUGAUGGGCCAGAGUCAGCGGAUCCACGUUCAUCUGACAAGAAUCCCCCUGCAGGACAUCCCGCAGGAACAGGGGGCGCUGCAGGACUGGCUGCACGGUAGAUUUGUAGAAAAGGACAGGAUGCUGAAAAAGUUCUUCUCUGAUGACCCUGAUGUCAGAGGUCGUUUUGAGGGGAGAGGUCGUGUGUCUAGGCUGCCCCUGUGGAAGACCCUGCCGUCCACACUGGUGCUGUGUGCAAUAACACUGCCGUUCCUGGUCACCAAGGAGGGGAGGGAUGCUUACUGGAAGAGCUGCUUAGGCUCUGUUGCAUUUGGAUGGCUCUGGAUGGCUGUCACUGUUUGAUAGUCUUUUAUGUGAAAGUUAUUAAUGUUUAUUUAACCCACUAAGUGUUGUUAUAUAUGUACAUGUAUGUAUAAAGAGUAAUAUGCUUAAUUUUAUCCCAAUGUUACAGUACAUGUAACUGCUUUUCUGAAAAGUUUUGCCUCAGUCCACCAUUACACUUUUGUUAUGUAAAACGUGUAUAACAUGCACAAAGUCUUGAAUAGUGAUGUUGUUUCACACAAUGAUAUUGUACUUGAGUAUUCCGAAGACAUUAACAAGGAUUAAAUAGUUUCCAACUGCCACAGGUUACAGCAUUGUGUAACAGUAUGGUGUACAGUGUAUUAUUAUAUUAUAGCAUACAUGUACGUUGUUCUAGCAAGGAGAUUAACCUCCUUGGUACUAGUAAGUAUUCAUCAUGAAUUAUUUUGUGUGCAAUCAUGAGAAGUACAUUUAUGCUUGCAUGAACUUGCCAUGCACAUGGAAAACAAGAAAAAAAUUUUUUCCAAAGGUUAUGACUCAAGUUUGACACAGCUUCAGACAUGAAGAUUUACUGCACAGAAUUAUGCAAUAUGCAGUGAUAAUUUGUUUGUUUGAGGCUUUCUUUAUUCGUGAGCAUAUAUAUUAUUGCUGCUUCUUCUAAGACAGAAGAAUGCCAACAAGCUUUCAGAAAGGACCCUUUAAGAUGAUGAUGUGAUGAAGUUAGAGAAUGCACCUUUUCAAUAUUACACUAGUAUUAUCUGGAAAUCUUUUGUAAAAAUUUGUAUACGUUAUGUACAGUUUUUAUAUCUUUCUUAUGAAAGUUUAAGUGACUCAUUACCAUGUGCAUAAACUAUGUAAUACAUGUAGUAACAUUAGCGUUCACCUGUAUUAACUUUAUAUCUAGGUUUAACCACAUAGCAGAAAAAAUUAUUAGAAAUGCUUCUUGAUUAUGUGUACAUGUAGACAAUACUUUAAUGCCACUGAGUUAUUAAAUAAGAUAAACUUCCAUCAUCCCCAUUUUCUUUUGUCUUGGAUGGAUAUGUGUUCUAUUUGUAUGGGAAAGAAAUUGCCUUCAGGUUUCACUUCAGUAUUAGGUCAUGCAAGAACCAAUGCAUGGUAAUUAUUGUGCCAGUGAUCAUGUAGAUUAUAUUGCUAUGGAUUGAUACAUUUCCUUGUCAUAAUGGUGAAAUUUACACCAUAGAGAACAAUGCAUAGACUUGUGAGAUACAGUUUACAUGUCAAGUAAGAUUGUUCCUUCAGAAAAAGUAAGUCAACAAGGUCAAGGGGUAGAUGAGGUGAUGUGAAAGCAUCAAUGGAACAUCUGUUCAUCUUGCUAUUCCAGACAAGCUUGGUUUAUCUAAAUGAUUGUAAUGCAAAGAAUUCUUCACAAAGUUGUUUCAAUCAUCAGUGUGUCAAGUCAUGAACUGAAAUUUCUUGUUAAACUUUUUUUCUGGAAUUACGUUAUGUGACCUUAAGUAGAAAAUG